AUGUCCAUGACCAUUGAAGACGCCGCUGUGGUUCGCCAGCCGAAGCCCGUACCAAACACACCCGAGAAUGUUCUCGAACAGUUCAGCAUGAAGGGCAAAGUCGUCGCCAUCACUGGCGCAUCUGAUGGAAUUGGUUGGGCAGUCGCAGAGGCUAUCGCAGAAGCUGGAGGAGAUCUUGCUCUUUGGUACAACACAAACGAUGCCGCCAUCUCCAAGGGCGAGCAAAUCGCAAAGAAACACGGCAUUCGUGCCAAGGCAUACCAAGUCGAGGUCUCUGAUCACGAAGCUGUCAAGUCUGGAGUCGAUGCAGUUGUCAAAGACUUCGGAAAGCUUGAUGUUUUCGUUGCAAAUGCCGGUAUGGCGAUCUCGAAGGCAAUCACAGAGCAGACCAUCGAGGAGUACAGAAAACAGAUGUCGGUCAAUGUGGAUGGUGUCGUUUUUUGCGCAAAGUACGCUGGAGCUGUUUUCAAGAGUCAAGGAUUUGGCAACCUCAUCAUCACAUCGAGCAUCUCUGCUCACAUUGCAAACGUGCCAGUUGACCAGCCUGUUUACAACACAACGAAGGCCGCCGUGAACCACCUUGGAAAGAGUUUGGCAAGAGAAUGGCGCGACUUUGCAAGAGUCAACAUCGUGUCUCCUGGUUUCUUCGACACAAAGAUGGGCGCCUCGCCGCUCUGCAUCAACGAGGCAUACCGUAUGACACCCUUGGGACGUAUGGGUAACGUCAAGGAGAUCAAGGGAUUGUUCUUGUACCUGGCCAGCGAUGCGUCCUCGUACCAGACAGGAAGCGACACAAUCAUCGACGGUGGAUAUGUCCUGGUUUAG